UGAGUUUUCUGACUGACGCGACGCGCUUGUUGACCUAGAUGUUUUUAUUUCUGUAAAAAACGUACAUUGUUUUCCUUUUCCAUCAACGAAGCACGAGAUAUUAUACGUCGCCUCAACCAGCACCAAAAAUGCCACCAUGAGAGAACUCCCGCGAAAAAUUUGCAGCGAGCGAAGCACUGCCAAGCCGGACGAAGCAGAGCUGCCGAAGCCUGAUCUUCAUCAUGCUCACGAAAAUAAAAGUAAAACCUCAUCGUCGCCGCAGAAAUCCCUUCCACUUCAGGCCCUGAAAUUCGGCUCGGAUUUGACGCAGCUUGUGGAGUGCGGCACCCGGCUGGGUUUUAUUCUCGUCCGGCUAGGCUUUUCUUUCGGCGUGGACAAGGCAAACGAAGUUGUGACAGAUUGCGUGGCGGGAGCGCGCGGACUGCUGCGUGGAAAUAAGAAACAUGGCUGGACGAGGAGGACCACUUCUGAAAAAGCAGAAGAAAAAACUUCUAAAAACUGUGCAAAAAAAAAGUCCCCUAGUACCAAAGAAAGCCAUAAACCCUCCGCUUCUCCUCUAGCUUGCGCAGCUGCGUCCGUCUCCACGUCUCGGGAUGAAAGUGACUCGGCAAGCACCAGUGCGAAAGAUAAUUCCUUGGCCGGACAAGAAAUCUUUCCAAGAACAACUGAAUUCUUCGCAAUUCGGACAUUGACGAGUCCCUAUUUCCCUUUCUCGUCCCGCAUUCCGAAAAAAUGCGCCCACUCAUUGUUGCUGACUACGGCCGACUUUGCGGAUUUUUGCCUCCGAAAACUCCGCGCAACCGCGAUGAGUGCCUAUUUGAGGAGACUGAAAAACGAACUAGGAG